ACGGAAAUUUGUGUUUUCAGAAACUAUGUUUCAAUUCCCAGACAUUGAUAUCCUGGGCUUCUUUGGGUUGUGACAGAAGUGGGGAUUAGUGCCUGUGACAAAUGUAGCAGAAGCCAGUGCCGUUGCAAUCUAUCAAACAUGUUGGCAGACCCAAGAUUUUUCUCAUCCUUGCUGCAGGAUUCAUUUGCGUCCUUACCCUAGGAAGAGAGGAUUGACUGAGAAUUUUGAGAGCAGGAGUGCACCUUUCUUAAUUUUGGUCUUGGUAAUUAUGGGACUGCCUUGGCUUAGUGUAAACAGUAACUGGAAUCAGGACCACCUUCCUGGGAGGUACAACCUGCACAGUUGCUCAUGGUCCCAUGAUUAGGAGGGCCAUGUGCUUGGUUUAAUGCUCUGCUGUUGCUGUCUUGAAAUUCUUAAUGGUUUUUGAAUAAGGGGCCCCACAUUUCCAUUUUGCCUUGAGCCCUACAAAUUAUGUAGCUGGUCGUAUAUGGAAUUUCAAUUUUCCUGGCAUGCCCACUGAAGGUAACAGGCAUAUGUUUUUUCUUACUGAAAAUGAACCUCUUUUGAUUCAUCAGAAGCUAAUUCUUGUGUUAAACUUGGAAGAUUUCUGUCCAUAUAAUGUGGUUCCGAAGAACCCAUCACUCUUUCCAUCCUCCAGACAACUUGAGAUGAUUAUAAUCAAGAUGGUCUUGUCUUGUAAUCAGAAACUCAGUAGUAGUUGUCUCAGCCAAGUAUCUUUUUGCUAGAGGUUGAUACUUGGAAGAAAUAGUUGUGGUAUUGAAGUCUUUGCCCUUUAUUGGGUGAUUAAAAUAGGUGUCAACCAUUACGUUGAGACUGAAAAAAGAACAUGGAACAUUUAGGUUAUCUUAGACUAGGACUUCCCAAGCAUUAUGCUAUUAGACACAACAGAGUAUCCUAAAAACAAGUUGAUCUCCCAGCUCUGACCCUGGGCUUCUGUCUCUUAGAUUCCCACCGUUGCAGGCCACUAUAGCUCUGUGUCCUGUCCUUCUUACUUCCUGUCCUGCCUUCAGCCCAUAGCAAUCCUUUCAUCCUUCUUGCAGCAAAUUGGCAUCAGAGGGAUGAAGUUCCUCUCUUUAGUCUAUUUAAGGCACCUAAUAAUCGUGAUUUUUGCUAAAUUUUGUACAUACACACCAACCCCUGUUACUACCUCAAGGAGUGUGAACGACAGAAUUUUAAGAUGGGUCUGGACUAGACCCCAUGGAGAUUCAUGGACCUGUCCACAGUGACAGUUGUUAGAACCAGGAUUUCACCAGAAGAACCCAAGUCUCCGGAGUCUUAGCCAGAUGCAGCCGCUCUCUGUUCCCUGCCCCAAUGAACAUCUGCACUAGGCCCAAGCCUUGGAGUGAUUUACCUGAAGAGUGACACCAUUUAUUUGGAAACUACUAUGAGGAAACUGAAGCCCAGAGAGGUGAAGUGAGGUGCCCAAGGCCACACAGCAAGUUAGAGGCACAGCUAGUACCAUAGCUCAAGUCUCCUGACUCCCAGUCCAGUGCUCCUCCCAUUACUCCACGGGUCCUGUCUCUAAGCUUCCUGACAAAUGCUAGAACGGAAGAAACCCAAGACAGCUGAAAACCAGAAGGCAUCUGAGGAGAAUGAGAUUACUCAGCCGGGUGGAUCCAGCGCCAAGCCGGGCCUUCCCUGCCUGAACUUUGAAGCUGUUUUGUCUCCAGACCCAGCCCUCAUCCACUCAACACAUUCACUGACAAACUCUCACGCUCACACCGGGUCAUCUGAUUGUGACAUCAGUUGCAAGGGGAUGACCGAGCGCAUUCACAGCAUCAACCUUCACAACUUCAGCAAUUCCGUGCUCGAGACCCUCAACGAGCAGCGCAACCGUGGCCACUUCUGUGACGUGACGGUGCGCAUCCACGGGAGCAUGCUGCGCGCACACCGCUGCGUGCUGGCAGCCGGCAGCCCCUUCUUCCAGGACAAGCUGCUGCUGGGCUAUAGCGACAUCGAGAUCCCGUCCGUGGUGUCGGUGCAGUCGGUGCAAAAGCUCAUUGACUUCAUGUACAGCGGCGUGCUGCGCGUCUCGCAGUCGGAAGCCCUGCAGAUCCUCACGGCCGCCAGCAUCCUGCAGAUCAAAACAGUCAUCGAUGAGUGCACGCGCAUUGUGUCGCAGAACGUGGGCGAUGUGUUCCCGGGGAUCCAGGACUCGGGCCAGGACACGCCACGGGGCACUCCCGAGUCGGGCACAUCGGGCCAGAGCAGCGAUACCGAGUCGGGCUACCUGCAGAGCCACCCGCAGCACAGCGUGGACAGGAUCUACUCGGCGCUGUACGCAUGCUCCAUGCAGAACGGCAGCGGGGAGCGCUCCUUCUACAGCGGUGCGGUGGUCAGCCACCAUGAGACUGCGCUCGGCCUGCCCCGUGACCACCACAUGGAGGACCCCAGCUGGAUCACGCGCAUCCACGAGCGCUCGCAGCAAAUGGAGCGCUACCUGUCCACCACCCCCGAGACCACACACUGCCGCAAGCAGCCCCGGCCAGUGCGCAUCCAGACCCUGGUGGGCAACAUCCACAUUAAACAGGAGAUGGAGGACGAUUACGACUACUAUGGGCAGCAAAGGGUGCAGAUCCUGGAGCGCAAUGAGUCUGAGGAGUGCACGGAAGACACCGACCAGGCGGAGGGCACUGAGAGUGAGCCCAAGGGCGAAAGCUUCGACUCGGGCGUCAGUUCCUCCAUCGGCACCGAGCCUGACUCGGUGGAGCAGCAGUUCGGGCCCGGGGUGGCGCGGGAUGGCCAGGCCGAACCUGCCCAAGCCGAGCAAGCCACGGAAGCUCCUGCCGAGGGCGGCCCACAGCCGCACCAGCUAGAGACAGGUGCCUCCUCCCCGGAAAGAAGCAACGAGGUGGAGAUGGACAACACGGUCAUCACUGUCAGCAACAGCUCCGACAAGAGCGUCCUGCAGCAGCCUUCUGUCAACACGUCUAUCGGGCAGCCAUUGCCAAGUACCCAGCUCUACUUACGCCAGACAGAAACCCUCACCAGCAACUUGAGGAUGCCUCUGACCUUGACCAGCAACACACAGGUCAUUGGCACAGCCGGCAACACCUACCUGCCGGCCCUCUUCACUACCCAGCCCGCGGGCAGUGGCCCCAAGCCUUUCCUCUUCAGCCUGCCACAGCCCCUGGCAGGCCAGCAGACCCAGUUUGUGACAGUGUCCCAGCCUGGCCUGUCGACCUUUACUGCACAGCUGCCAGCGCCACAGCCCUUGGCCCCAUCUGCAGGCCACAGCACAGCCAGUGGGCAGGGCGAAAAAAAGCCUUAUGAGUGCACUCUCUGCAACAAGACUUUCACCGCCAAACAGAACUACGUCAAGCACAUGUUCGUACACACAGGUGAGAAGCCCCACCAAUGCAGCAUCUGUUGGCGCUCCUUCUCCUUAAAAGAUUACCUUAUCAAGCACAUGGUGACACACACGGGAGUGAGGGCGUACCAGUGUAGCAUCUGCAACAAGCGCUUCACCCAGAAGAGCUCUCUCAACGUGCACAUGCGCCUCCAUCGCGGGGAGAAGUCCUACGAGUGCUACAUCUGCAAAAAGAAGUUCUCCCACAAGACCCUUCUGGAGCGGCACGUGGCCCUGCACAGUGCCAGCAACGGGACCCCUCCCGCGGGGACACCGCCCGGCGCCCGCGCUGGCCCCCCGGGGGUGGUGGCCUGCACGGAGGGGACCACGUACGUCUGCUCCGUCUGUCCCGCCAAGUUUGACCAAAUCGAGCAGUUCAACGACCACAUGAGGAUGCACGUGUCUGACGGAUAAGUAGUACCUUUCUCUCUUUCUUACGAACAAAACGACAGAAAACAAAAAAA